UUAGAUCUUGUUAAAUAUUGUGAGCCAUUGGAUCUUGUUCAAUUAAUUAUUUUUUUUAUUUUAUUUUAGUAUUGGCUAUCUGUUGCACCGGUUGACAAGUUAAUAAUAAUUAAAAAAUAAAAUUAGAAGCUUCACUUGACUUCUCCGUUCCAAUUCUCUUCGACUUCUAUUCAAAAAAAAUUCUCUUCGACGACGGUGAAGGAGGUGAGCAGAGGGUGAAGGCAAGCGAGUGCGACGAGCAGGGGGCAGGUCGACGGCGAGUGCGACGCUAGGUAAAGGAAGAAAUAGGGCUUCGUGGCGUCUCCAGUCGAUAGAGAAGGGGGUGAGCAGGUCUCCAGAUUCUGAAAUAGGGUUUUCGCGGUGUCUCCUCUCCCGCGAUUGUGCUUCAUCGCCUCUUUUUUGUGCCGCCGGGGCGAACAUAGUGGUGGCGUUUCCUCGUCGAUAGUGAAGGUGGCAACAACGACAGCGAACUGGAUCUUCAAAUAGGUUGACGACGAUACUGUAAAUAGGGACUGAGCAGGGGAUUCAUUGGAUCUUCAAUUGGUCGCAGCUUUGCUGUGUUUCUUCCUUCAAGUUUUCAGGUAAUAAAGAUGAUCCUCAGAUUCUGAAUGUUUCUUCAUUUCUCACUUCAAAUUCUUCUUCCUUCACCUGCUACUUCUUUCUCGUCGUCUGACUAAAGAGAACCCUAAACUCCGCCCUCAUUUGUAGAGACAACUAUUCCUUCUUUUUUCAUCAUUUUAGCUCACUAUAAGUUUCAAUUAUGAUUGUUCUUGUAUAAUGCUUUUGGGUUUCAUGGAAAGUGUAUGAAAGAUGAUGAAUUGGAGAUCAUCAUUAGGGAAUUGAAGAUUUUCUGUGAGUGUAUCGUCAAUUGGGUUUGUUUGUGUUUUGCUACAUUGAUCAUUACCAUGGACAUUCAUAACCUUAAACGAUGUUGUUGCUUCUGUCUAGUUGAUAAUCCAAUCGAUUUGAAGUCUUGUAUUAGGAUUGCAGGUGUCGCAAAAAGACUAUAAAUGCAGGUUGUGUUCGAUCAUGUACUAUUUGGUUUUGUGUUCAAUCCUGUACUAUCUGGUUAUCACUCUCCAUAAAAUUAAAUCCUCUUCUGUUGUAGAUAAUGAAUCGUAGAUUGCAUGUCAAUAGUCUUGGAUUAGUGUAGCUGAUACUGUCUACAAGAACUGUUGGUCUAUAGUGUUCAUGCCAUCUUGUAUGCCCUCUGGUUUGUGGGGUGAUAAAAUUGCUAACCAAGACAAAAGGGAAAGAAGGAAAACUAAAAACUCAAACAGAGCAUAAUAGAGAGAUAGUUAGAGGGAAAGCGAAGACAUUGUUUAUCUCAUAAACUAUAACAGUCCACUGUUUAUUACAGUUGCAAAAGACAUAGUGACAUAUAUGAACAAAUUUUGAUAUUAGAUCAUUCAUAGACAUGAUUUAUAUCCUAGAAGAAUUAUACAAAUUGACUAUUUGCCUGGAGGAGUAUAAUAGCUGACCUGAUUAAUAGGGUUAGAGCACCCUCUAUCCUACUUUCCUUUAGUUGUAUCGUUCGUCGAUUUAUCAUAAGAAUUGUUCUGCAUCCAAGUGUUUGUUGAAAUACACCAUGAUUGCUUCUGGCUUCCAUGUGUUCGACGUUAUGUCGUGUGGAAUACUGAACUAGGAAAACAACGAGCCUGAAUUACUUAAUGCCCCAUCCGUAGUACGUAAUAGUUAAUACAGUAGGAAUCCUUUCUUUCUUCUAGGAUGCUUUUGUACUGCCACAAGGAUUUGCAGUAUUAGCAUCACCUUAAUCGUGAGUUGACUUUCAUUUUUUGUAUUAUGUGUAGGGACUUUGAUCUGGUAACUCUUUCAGAUGCUACACGUUGGAUUCAGAAUUCAAUUUCUCUUGUGAUAGAGCUGCAAUCUCACUCUUCUAUUCCAGGCAAGUUGCUGAAAUCUCGCCCUUUUAACUUCAGCCGUUAAUUUUUAUUCAAGAUCGUUUGUCUCUGCCUCUUUGCUUUCUGCUCGUGACACUUACCCUGAUGGUGAUUGUGCUUUCGGUCAUCACAAUUAUGACCUGCAUAUUUGGAAAUAGUUGUACUUUGCUGUAUGGAAGAGCUACUGUGUGAUUGAUGGUGUGAAUUUAUUUGUUAGAGUUUAGUUCCCAGCGUACUGUUUCUUUGGGGGGAAAAUGUGCACUUAAGUUACAAAUCUAUGAGGACAUAAUAGAUCUUGAUCACUUUUUUGGUUUGUGUUUGUCUUGAGAGCAUUAUGCUAUUGAGUUCAUAUAUACUGUGUUAUGUUCUGUUAUGAGUGUUAUCCUACUUGGUAGAAAUGUUUUGACAGUAGCACUAUCUUUGAACCGGAGGUGACAAAGGCCUCUCUUUUGUGAUGAAGACGUAGAUGUUUUCUUUGACAUUGCGUUGGGCAACUGAGGUUGAACCCACAAUAGAAGUUGUCAAGAACGAAUCCCAGAGCAAGCUGAGCUGGAGUUAAACCAUGCUUCUUUGCCAUUUCAAUGUAAUGCACUGUUGAUUCCUGGUGGAUCAAAGUAGGAAGAAUCGUUUUGGGCAAAAUACUUCGUUCAUAAAAAAAUGCUUUGCUCUGCUGGUCACAAUGAACAGAAUCACUACGAGAGAUAAGCUACUAAGCUCGGGGAAGAUUGUGGAUGCAAGUUUUUUCUUUUUGUAGUGGAAUCUGGGUGUUUUUAGUUUCACGGCCGUGAUUUAUGAAGCCAAAGCCAUGAGAUUGCCUGGGGAUAUGAAAACUGAUUUUUACUUCUCACGGGGCAUGUCACGGCCGUGAGAAUUCGAGAAUGAACCGUGAGAACUGUUUAAUGAAAGCUGGGUGUUUUGGGUGAAAUUUAUAUAUGCCAAUGGCGGAUUUCAUGGUUAAUUAGUGUACUCAGGCAUUGAUGUAGGGGUUUUCAGUUCUUCUGGUAGUUAGAACUGGAUAUCGAGGAAAGUGUGCUUGUGAGCUCUGGUAUAGUCUUGCAUUUGUUCAAUAUUGAUAAAAGCCAUAUAUUGAAAACCAGGAUUGAACUCAUUACCUGGAGAAUGUGUUUACCAAAUGAAUAAAUGAUCCUUUUCUCGAAUGAAACUUUGUCAUAACCACGUUUUCUCAAAUGUGUUUAAGUGUGAAAGUUGCUUCUUUAGAUCAGUGGUGGACGACUCUGGCUUUGUGUAUUUUGUUUGUACUCUUCGGCAUGCUUAUAAUUCGUGUUUCAAGGCAUGCUUAUAAUUUUUUUAUUGUUUUAAUUUUGCAGUUUGCUAAAAUUGUUCUAUAAUGAAGACGAAGAGGCAUGAACUUUUUAGCAUGCGAUGUUCUCCUAGGAAAGUAUUCUCACUAGUCUCAAAUUUAGAGGCUUGUCAAUCAAUGGCCAUUAAGAGAUAUGGCUUUGGUCGGAUUCUUGAAGUCAAAGGAAGAAUGCUACAACGUGAGUUGUUGGAGAAACUUUUGAAGAGCUUUAAUCUGGAAGAAAGCACAAUUCAGGUGUAUGGGUUGAAAGUGCAUAUUUCGGCCAAAGAUUUCGAGCGAAUUAUGGGCGUGCCUGAGGGAGGUACUGAUAUCAUCUUGAAUGGUGAAGAAGUGGGAGGAAGAUCCGAGGAACUGAAACCAUUUAGAGUGUAUUCGACACCUGAUUGUGCCCGACAGGCGAUUUCCACAAGCUUAAUGCGGAAGGCGUUGUCGAAGAUAAAAGAUAGCGGCGAUCAGUGGCGGACCCAGGAUAGUUGGAGACCUGUGUCGCCGAUAAAAAAAAUAAUUAAAUUAAAUUAAAAAUUAAGUUAAAAUUAAAAGAAAUUAAUUCAUAAAGUUCACAAUGUCAUGUUUACAACGAACCACGAUGACUUUUCAUCUGCUGAAAUGUCUCUAAAAUACAUUCAUCACUUAUGCUGCAAAGCAAAUCUUUUUCAAUAUACACAACUAAACAAUCAUUCAUAAAUUGGUCACUCAACCGAUUUCGAAGAUUGUUCUUGGUUAUCUUCAUAGUUGAAAAUGCCCUUUCGCAGCUUGCAGUUGCCACAUCUAAGGUCAACACCAACUUUAACAGCAAGUAAACUAAAGGAUAAAGAGUGUUCUUUCCCCUUUCCACCAAUUUCCUAGCUAGCUCGUCGAUUCCUCGCAAUCCAUCAAAGCUCUUAUCCUCCUUGACAUGAGAAAUGUAGCCCCCCCAAUUGUUGAUGAAGUCGACCGGGCUUUUGGCCUGUGGGUUCUUUUCUCAUUUAAUUAAAGGCUCAGGCCCAACACUCAUCACACAUGUAUAUUGUAUGGGCUAAGAGUGUUUUUUUAAUAGGAAGGAUAGGAUUAUGCUUUAUGAGUUAUUUUAAACAAAAUUAAAAAGGAUUAUGAUUAAGAUUGAUUCAUUUGGAUAAUAAUUUCUUAGAGUAUAAUGAAGGUGUGUCGGCUAUAAUUAUUGAGGGUGUGUCGGCUAUCCCGAAGUAAAAAAUUUUGUACCAAAAAUAUGUAGGUCCUUCGUAAAAUUCUCGUCCGACACACCCUGCAAUGCCUUAGGUCCGCCACUGGCGGCGAUCUAUUUCUUCAAACGUUUAUUUUGUACGUAAUGGAGGUGCUAUUAGUACCAACUAGAAGAGAUGACAUUUCGUUAUCUUCGGUAUACGCUGUCACCGAUGUUGCGGACAUUCCAAAGAAGAAUUGGGCAUCCUAUUGCUUCAAUGAAUUGGUCAAAUGCAUCUGCGACCAUAAUGCUGAUGGGAGAAAGUAUAUACCGGGUUGCUUGCUGUUUUUGGAGGUAAAUAAUUGCUAAUCCCUACUUUCUACAUAUUCGUAAUGAUUAAUCAUCAUGUUGAUUAUAGUUUUUUUUUGUAGUUAAUAUUCUUGGAGCAUGCAAAUGGUAUUUUCCAAACCAUUGAUGGGAGUUUGGAUUUGAUGAGUUGGGGGAGCGGAGACGUAGAGUUGUUGUUAACAAAAGUGGUAAGACUGAUAGUAUAUUUGAUUUUUUUUGACGAGUUGGAGCAUGCUAAUGGUACAUUUGGUUCCCUUUUUAAUUAAUUUAUAGGUUUCCAGCAGUUCGGGGAAAAGAUCAUCUGAGGAUGCAGGUUUGAAAUCACCUCCAAGGAAAUGGGGAAAAAGAGACGGGAAACGGCACAAAACCAACGGGGAUGAGCUGCUUCUCUGUGAGCGUAUUGAUGCUCGGUUUAGUACCAUGGAGGGUAGAUUUGACAACUUUAGUCAAGAAUUUAGAGUCGCAAUGGGUGAUGCUGCUUCUAGAGAUGAGGAGCUAAUGAGUCGGGUUGUGAAAAUGGAGAACGAAUUUCAGGCUUUUAGAGACAAAAUUGGUACUGCGGUAAAGUCCAUUAUAGAGGCAGUGAAAGCAACUAUAGGUGAUCCGUUGUCAAGGGAACAGCCUACUGAGUUGAAAAAGAACGAUCAGAAGGAUGCGGCUGAUAAUAUGAAAGCUUCUGCAGCUGUUUUGUUGUCAACGGAGCAGCUUAUCAGAGGGGAAAAGGGCAAUCAGAAGGGUGAGGUUGAAAAACCAAGUGAACCCAUUUCUCCUACCUCCGAAUGUGUCAAGACUCAAGGUUUAGGUGUUAAGAAUUGGGGAGAAGCUGAGGGGGGAAAUUGGAGAUGACAGCUGUUCUGAAUCUCCUUCUGUCAAAGUUGUGAAAAAGUCUCCUUGCAAGCAGGCGAAAGCGUCUAAAGUUGAGAAAUUCAUGUUGUUGAGUGAUGAAAGUGUUGCUGCUAAUGAUGGUUGUGCCAAGACUGUGAAGGUAUUACACUUGAUUAAGUUUUCUAAUUAUUUGUUCUUAUGGUGUGGUUACUAAUGAACUGGUUUUGUUUUUAUGUUUUUGAACAAUAAAGGGGCGAAAGGGAGGUGGACUACGUAGUGUAUCUAAAUUGAAGCCUAGUUUGUAUGUGGUCUCUCCAUUCGAACGGGCAAAUCCCAGAGCUAAGAAAACACAAACUUUGUACCUUGCUCCUCCCUUUGUUGUUAAGACACCAUUGACUCUGGAGGCAGUAAAGAUGAUUCAAUUUGCUUUUAGUAGUAAGCUUCCCGGAAGGUACCUCCCGAAAUCAUUACAAGUAAGAUUGGAUCAUAUUUGUAGGAUGUUUUUGGUAUUUGGCUUAUUCUAAUGUUGUGGUGUUUGAACUUGGUCUUGUACAACAGUGACAUAUUGGUUAGUCUUGAUGGCGGGGUUCUUGCCUUGCUCCGUGAAGAUUUGGUCGAGCUUUUGCCCAGGACCAGAAUUUCAACAAGGGUGAGUUCCUUUAUGUGUGUAAUUUAGUAGAUUGAACUUGUAUUGCUGACUUUGGUAUAUGUGAUGAUGAUGCAUUAGAUUAUAGAAAUGGCGUGUAUGUGCAAGACACUAGAAGAACGAAGUUGUGGUCGCAGUGGUGGCUUGUAUUGGUUCUUUCCACCUUCAGUUUCGGUAUAGUUGUCUGCUUUGUCUAUUCUUUUCAUGAAAUUAAUCUAUUUGUUUGUUACAUGUAGCUUGUGUGGGUAACUGUGUUUUAUUUUUCUAGGAUCGUGCGUAUCAUUGCAACGAGGAGCAAUUUAUGGCCAACAUGCGUUCAUAUAAGAUACUUGAGCGAUACCGUAUAAAUGAGCUACUUUACUGCAGUAAGGUAUGUUGUAAUGUUGUUUUCUAAAAGGAAAUGGCUUAACCCUCCUAUGUUAAAUUGAUAAUUAUUGUUUGUUUGUGCAUUAUUUCAUAUUCAUGUCCCAAUUUUCAACCUCACGUUGACCACUUCUGUCUGGCGGUCUUUAACAGGGAAGCCAAAGAAAUCGAAAUCUGGGACUCAUUACCAGGAACUCAUAACCAAGAAUAUGAUGCAAGGAUGCAGAAACUGGUUUGCUUCUUGUUCUUCAAGUUUUCAAACUUGACUUAUUGCUUAGUUGUUAGUUGUUUUUCAUUUGCCGACUUUGUCGUUAAAUAUCGAUGAGGGGGAUGUUUUCAUUUACAGAAAUUGGGUCUAGACUGGUUGCUUAAGGAUGAUAUAUGCGGGGCGUUUUCAUUUGUGGACUUUGUGGUUAGAUAUCGCCAGGAUGUUGCUUGCCAACCAAAUGGGUACCCUUUGUUGUUGUUCAAUUGUGCAUUGUUCUAAUUAAGUUCGAUAAUUAUUUGUUCGCAUCAUGACCAUGGUGAUUAUUUGUUAUAUUACAGAUUUGAUUGUGGACUAUUUGUCGCCAAUUACUUGCUGGAUCCAGAUCGAUAUUCCAAGAAGCUUGACCAGUUCGACAGUGACUAUGAACGGGCACAACUUACAAUGUACUUGCUCACUACGCAUUUGAAUGAGGUGAAAGCUACAGUUAAGGCACAAUCAGAUGAAUAUUUUAAGAGUCAUGCGAGACCUGCCAAAAUUGAGACUGAGAAGGUGAAUUUCAAGACGAACUUACUCAAUCGAGGAAGAAAGCCGUUGCACGCGCAUGGGGAGAAAAAGGGUAGAAAGUCUAAGAAGCAUUAGAAGUUGUGAUGUUAAUGUAGAGUUUAGUUAAUGUGGAUGUUGAAUGAAGUUUAGGAAAAUGUAGAUGUUGAAUGAAUUUUAGUGAAUGUAGAUGCUGAAUGAAGUUUAGGAAACUGUUGAAAUUACAAUGAACUUAUGAUUGAAGCAUUAUUCAGUGAUGUUCUCUUUUAUCUAUAUUAUGUUUAAUGUGUCGACAAGGAAGAAGUUAUGAAUGAUCAUAUACCGAAAAAUGGUUGAAAAUGGACCUUAUUCACCCUGCCAGCAGGCUGUUUCACGGCCUCAAUAAUCCAUUUUCACGCCCGUGAGAUGGUGAUUUCUCAUUGUCUCUGAAGCCUAGGAUGGAUCUUUCACGCCCGUGAGACUGUGCCGUGAGAUGGGAUUUUUAUAACGCCUUAAUGAUGGGAAUUUCACGCCCGUGAGACUAGGCCGUGAUAAUCAAAAAAUCAUUCCCUAUAGUUCAGGGAACCUCACGGUCUUGAAAGGACAAUCUCACACCUGUGAGAUUGUGGGCUGGCGUGAGUUAGUGAAAAAAAAAUGGCAUUUAGAAGGUUUGAACCCGAGCACUUCGCAUAAUCAUUCAGCGCAUUAACCAAUCAGACUACUUAACAUAUUAUGUAAAAUUCAUUGUCCGUUUGCCUUUUACUACAUAUGGUUGAAUGAGCGUUUGAUUAUCGGUUUUGGGUUCAACCCAUGUAAUUGUAAACCGAUGUGAGAUUGAGGUUAGGUAUAUGGUUGAAUGAGCGUUUGGUUAUCGGUUUUGGGUUGAACCCAUGUAAUUAUGAUCUGAUGUGAGAUUGGUUGAUGAUAUAUGGUUUAGUGAGUGUUUGAUUACGGUUUUUGGGUUGAACCCAUGUAAUUGUGAACCGAUGUGAGAUUGGUUGAUGAUAUAUGGUUUAGUGAGUGUUUGAUUACGGUUUUGGGGUUGAACCCAUGUAAUUGUGAACCGAUGUGAGAUUGGUUGAUGAUAUAUGGUUUAGUGAGCGUUUGAUUAAGUUUUUGGGUUGAACCCAUGUAAUUGUGAACCGAUGUGAGAUUGGUUGAUGAUAUAUGGUUUAGUGAGUGUUUGAUUACGAUUUUUGGGUUGAACCCAUGUAAUUGUGAACCGAUGUGAGAUUGGUUGAUGAUAUAUGGUUUAGUGAGCAUUUGAUUAUCGGUUUUUGGGUUCAACCCAUGUAAUUGUGAACCGAUGUGAGAUUGGUUGAUGAUAUAUAGUUUAGUGAUUGUUUGAUUACAGUUUUUGGGUUGAACCCAUGUAAUUGUGAACCGAUGUGAGAUUGGUUGAUGAUAUAUGGUUUAGUGAGCGUUUGAUUAUCGGUUGUGGGUUCAACCUAUGUAAUUGUAAACCGAUGUGAGAUUGAGGUUAGGUAUAUGGUUGAAUGAGCGUUUGAUUAUCGGUUUUGGGUUGAACCCAUGUAAUUGUGAACCGAUGUGAGAUUGGUUGAUGAUAUAUGGUUUAGUGAGUGUUUGAUUACGGUUUUUGGGUUGAACCCAUGUAAUUGUGAACCGAUGUGAUAUUGGUUGAUGAUAUAUAGUUUAGUGAGUGUUUGAUUACGGUUUUUGGGUUGAACCGAUGUGAGAUUGGUUGAUGAUAUAUGGUUUAGUGAGUGCUUGAUUAUGGUUUUUGGGUUGAACCCAUGUAAUUGUGAACCGAUGUGAGAUUUGUUGAUGAUAUAUGGUUUAGUGAGUGUUUGAUUAUGGUUUUUAGGCUGAACCCAUGUAAUUGUGAACCGAUGUGAGAUUGGUUGAUGAUAUAUAGUUUAGUGAGCGUUUGAUUAUGGUUUUUGGGUUGAACCCAUGUAAUUGUGAACCGAUGUGAGAUUUAGGUUAGGUAUAUGGUUGAAUGAGCGUUUGAUUAUCGGUUUUGUGUUCAACCCAUGUAAUUGUGAUCCGAUGUGGGAUUGAGGUUAGGUAUAUGGUUGAAUGAGCGUUUGAUUAUCGGUUUUGGGUUCAACCCAUGUAAUUGUGAUCCGAUGUGAGAUUGGGUUAUGAUAUAUGGUUUAGUGACUGUUUGAUUACGGUUUUUGGGUUGAACCCAUGUACUUUAUAUGGUUGACUGAGCGUUUGACUAUGGUUUUGGGUUUAACCCAUCUAAUUAUAAACCGAUGUGAGAUUGAUUUAUGAUAUAUGGUUUAGUGAGUGUUUGAUUAUGGUUUUGGGUUGAACCCAUGUACUUGUGAACCGACGUGAGAUUGGUUGAGAGUAUAUGGUUCAAUGAGUGUUUGAUUAUGGUUUUGGGUUGAACCCAUGUACUUGUGAACCGACAUGAGAUUGGGUUUAUGAUAUAUGGUUGAUUUUCGUUUGAUUAUGGUUUUGGGUUAACCCAUCUAAUUAUAAACCAAUGAUUUUUUUGGGUCGCUCAUAAUGAAGAAAUUCCUAGAUCCUAAACCUUCACCGUCGUAAGUCGUAAUAGUGAUGUCGUUUCUUCCUUCUCGUCCUUCGUCGGCACCAGAGGACUGAUCCUUGGUUCCUCCCUAUCGGCUUCUUCCUUCCUGCUUCCCUCCCUCCAUCCCAGCCUCAGUUCUUAAUUGUCGUCCUUCGUCGGCUCUUCUCCACCAAUAUUACGAAACCAGAUUCUUCCUAUCUCACUUCCUUCGUAUUCCCUUCUAUAUGCAACCAUCGAUUUUCCAUUCUCCCUUAUUCGCCCAUCCUUCGCGACGGAGACAUUCAGAGGCACCACAGGCACGAUCCUAGCGAGCAACAGUGCAUCUCCGUUCUCAUCAAGCACAUCAAAGCUCCGGUUCAUCUGGUGGGGAUUCGGUUUCUUUUCGUCUCGUUUCUCUCUUCUUCUUUGAUGUUUUUUUUCUGGUUUCUUUGCAUUUCUAUUGCGAUUCUAGGUUCUUACUUUCUUUCUUGCUUUCCCAAUGCGAUUUUAUCAAGGCCCUGUGUUAGAUGGUCCUCUCUAAUUGUGAUCGGAGCUCUCUGGUUGUCUUCUUUGUUCAAUUUGGUGGGUGUAGUGAAUUGUGAUCUUGCUUGGCUUCAUUUCAUUUGUGAAUGGUUGGUUUGUCGUGGAAGUGAAGGGGAAACUAUCGAGCUGAUAUGGCACCUAUCGAGCUGAGUUUGCUUAACUCGGACUUGCCUAGUGUUUGUUUCGUAGGUAAAGAAUCAUUUUGUUGGUUGUUUUCAGUUGAUCAACUAUGGAAGGGUUGAUGGAUGAUAUGAGCACAGGCAAGGACACGGGAAUUGACUUGAAUGUUGGUUUAGAUUGGGGAAUGAAUUAUGGAGAUGAUACCGGUGGUGUUAGAGAUAGUGACGAUAUGGAGGACAAUGUCGACACCAGCGAUAGUGAUUCUGAGGAUGAUAAUAACACUAACAUUGGUGAUGAUGAUAAGGAGAACAUCUCAUAUGAGCAUUUGCACAGCUUCGAAACACAGCCACACAGCUCAGAUGCACCUCUACACAAAGAUGCAGCAAAUCCAGCCAUGGCUCCACCGUACUCGAGUAUGUAUGACUGGACCCUGCUUGAUAAAGUCGGGAAUGGUAAGACAUAUUCUAAAUGGGAGUCGGAUGAUUUUGUGGGUUAUGAGUUUGAAACCCUUGUGGAGGCUGGCAAGUUCUAUUCAACUUAUGGUUGUGCCAUGGGAUUCAGCGUACGAAAGAACACUCACACAUAUUCAAAAUAUGGAGUUAAAAAUAUGCAGCGAUGGGUUUGCUCACGCGAGGGGGAGCGUCAACCAGUGCACAAUGACAAGGAGAACAGAAAGCGUGAACCUAGGCCUGUAACAAGGCUCCAUUGUCCGGCUGCUUUCAAAGUCAGUUUUGUUGAGGCAACUAACCGAUUCAAGGUGAAGCAGUUUGUACCAACACAUUUUCAUCACUUAGCUGGAGCACAUGAAGUGUAGUUUUUGAGUUCUCAUCGCAAGGUAGAUGACGCAAGUAAGGCUCAGAUUCGAUCACUUAGGGCUGCUGGUAUUCGCACCAAUCAAAUCAUGGAUUAUCU